CAUACCCUUGGAAGUUUAGUUCACUGCGUCAAUUGUGCUUGGCCUCAAAUAUCCAUUGGGUGUUAGUGCCUAUGGUAAGAGUGUUUCUCUGGGUAGAUACAAAGUCAGGGCCAUGAAGCACUGCACACCACCUCUCAAGGGGUCAUCAGUAAGGCGUCUCGGGACCUCCUGUUACAAAACUGCCCAACCCUCUUGGUUUGAAAUGCAUUUUUCUGGAUUUUUGUGGAGGCAUUUCAGAACAAGGAACACCUGCUCAGUUCUGUUGAGGCCACAUGGGAGAAAAGCGAGAGGGACAUCUUCCCUGCAGGAAGUGGGACCCCAUCUGAGAAGUUCCUCAAGACAUUAUCAGCCAAAUAACAGAAGGGAGCAAGGGGGCUGGCUAAGGCAGAGUGCUCCAAGUGGCACCAUCUUACCAGGGAGUCCACCAUCCUGUCACGAGCCCACUGAAGCAGACAGGUGGCAGGUGCCCUUAAAAUCCUAUUCCACAAACCACAUAUAAACCUGAAAACACGUACAAAGUUCUGGGAGAAAAGGCUAUCCAUUUUGGUUUUGGUUUGCUUGGAUGGAUUGUCAUCAUUCUGCUGUGAACAAGUAAACACCCUGUCACACCCACCUUUUCAUUUUCAAAGAAGUGGCAGGACAAAGACCCCUCAGUCCCAGGAAUAAACAUGCCUUGUCAUAAACAUGUCACGUGAUGGGAUGCGGGGACUGUCCAUGAUGUAGGGCUAAGCAUGGUGUAGGUGCUCAGUACACUGUGCCUCUCACUGACAUCCAUGAGUGGGGGGCUGCUGUGGGGUCCCCCAGGGUCCUCCUGGCCUGACGCAGGUGCUCCUUGGCUAGGAGGGGCCUGAGGGGCAUCCUGGGCUAGAGGGCUGUGCGUUGUCUCCAGGAGGCUGCUGCCUCCUUUGGGGACAUUGUCUGUAACAAGAAGCUCAGAACAGCCAGUGUGCAUUCUGCCAAUUCACAGGACAUUCCUGAAGCCAGGCACUCCUUCGUCAAUGUGUGAGGUGGCUUCCUGCCAUCCCACUGUGCGGGGGAGGUCAGGACUGUCCAGAGCCACUCAGCCAGACCUCUACCCUCAGCUUACCAGGGCCUGCCUGACUUCUGCGCCCCCACACCCCCGGAGUUGGGGGUGGCUGGAUGGUGCCUAGCGGGGUGGAAUGCACAUGUGGGGAGGAGGGAUCAAAGAGGGUGUCUGCCCCAGUGGAACGCGUGUGGGCUCCAGACCCCCACCCCCAGACCUGGACCUUAACCUGCACCUGGCUGCGAGGCCACUCUGGUGGCUUGGGCUUCCUUAUCUGUGAAGCAGACACAAUGAUAGGGUAUCCCUAGGACCUGGUGAGUUAAGAGGGGGUGGGCUACCUGGGUGUUUGCGACAGCGAGGUGGGGCCCGGUGCUGGGUCUGGCGCCCUGGGGGUUGGGGCGGGCUCUGCGCACUGACCUCACCCGCAGGCGGGGCAGGCUCAGCGUGCAGAGCGGCAGCGACGGCAGCAGCGGCGGUGGCAACAGUAGGUGGGUCGCAGAGUCCAGCGGAAACAGAUUCAGGCCCAGGAGGAGGCGAAGGCUCAGGUACCUGGGGACAGGGUGAGGCAAAACUGGCUCCAGGGGCGGCGGCGGCAUGUUGGGGCCGGCAGUGCAGCGCCAAGCUCAGGGAUCCGGCGCCACGCCCAGGGCUCCCCGGCUCGGCUCGCGUCAGGUGCGCUGUUCCUCCAGUCCAGCGGGGCGGGGAAGGGGGGAACCGCGAUGUCUGGGGCCAGGUGGCCGCCUGGGCUACGCCCAGGGCUGCAGCUCCGCUCCUGUUCCGCGUCCUGGAGGCCUGGCCCAGCUCCCGGGAAGCCUCGGGUUUCCCCCUCGCUCUGGGAUCCCAGAUCACAGGGGCUUGGUUCUCAGCCAUGCUCCCUGGGGCUGCCCCCUUCUCACCCUCAGGGUCCACCCCCACCCCCACCAACAGGCCCAGAUUCGGCUCCACCAUGGAGCCCCUGAGGCGGAGAGGGCCUCCCACCCACCCCUGUCCCAGCCCUGCCAGAGGGCAGGCCAGUGUUAAGCGGCUCACUACCCCUGGGUGGGAUCAGAGGGAGGACGGAAGGCUGGGCAGCCUGUCACUCCCCUCUGGCCCUGGUAGGUGCCAGCAGCUGGCUUGGUGCUCCUCUCAGCUGCCUGCAAUGGCUUCAGGACUGCCCAGCACUGCCGGCCUGGCGCGCUUCUGCCAGAAGCUGAAACGGCUGAAGCCGCUGGAGGAGGCCACCAUGGAGACAUCGCUGCAGCGCUGCCUGUCCGCGCUGGACCUGACCCUGCUGGGAGUGGGGGCCAUGGUGGGCUCGGGCCUCUAUGUGCUCACCGGUACCGUGGCCAAGGAGAUAACCGGCCCGGCCGUGAUCGUGUCCUUCACUGUGGCCGCCGUGGCCUCCCUGCUGGCGGCCCUGUGUUACGCUGAGUUUGGGGCACGCGUGCCCCGCACAGGCUCUGCCUACCUGUUCACCUAUGUGUCCAUGGGCGAGCUGUGGGCCUUCCUCAUCGGCUGGAACCUGGUGCUCGAGUACGUCAUAGCUGGUGCUGCUGUGGCCCGCGCCUGGAGCGGCUACCUGGACGCCAUGUUCGACCACCACAUCCGCAACUUCACCGAGGCCCACGUGGGCAUCUGGCAGGUGCCCCUCCUGGCCAGAUAUCCUGACUUCCUGGCUGCCGGCAUCCUACUUUUGGCCUCCACCUUCGUCUCCUGCGGAGCCCGUGUCUCCUCCUGGCUCAACCACACCUUAUCUGCCAUCAGCAUGGUCGUCAUCCUCUUCAUCAUCAUCCUGGGGUUUGUCCUCGCCCGCUCACACAACUGGGGCAAGGAGGAGGGCGGCUUUGCACCCUUCGGCUUCUCCGGUAUCAUGUCCGGCACCGCGACCUGCUUCUAUGCCUUCGUGGGCUUUGACGUCAUUGCCGCCUCUAGUGAGGAGGCCCGGAACCCGAAGCGAGCCGUGCCCCUGGCCAUUGCCAUCUCGCUUGGCCUCGCAGCCAGCGCCUACAUCCUGGUCUCCACGGUGCUCACCCUCAUGGUGCCCUGGCACAGCCUGGACCCUAAUUCAGCGCUCGCUGACGCCUUCUACCAGCGGGGCUACAGCUGGGCUGGCUACCUCGUGGCGACUGGCUCCAUCUGCGCCAUGACCACUGUCCUGCUCAACGGUCUCUUCUGCCUUCCCCGCAUCAUCUACGCCAUGGCCGUCGACGGGCUAUUCUUCCAGGCAUUUGCCUACGUGCACCCCCGGACACAGGUGCCUCUGGUAGGCAUCCUGGUGUUCGGGGUUCUCACGGUUUUGGUGGCGCUGCUGCUGGACCUCGAGGCAUUGGUCCAGUUCCUGUCCAUUGGCACACUGCUGGCCUACACCUUCGUGGCCAUCAGCAUUAUCGUGCUGCGAUUCCAGAAGGCCCCUCUGUCCAGUUCCCCAAGCCCAGCCAGCCCCCGCCCUGCGGCCAAGGAGUACAAUUCCUUCUCAGACCACAUAGAGCUGGUGGGCACCGAGCAGGUCCCAGCCCCCGAGCCUGGGCAGCUGCGGCCAGCCCUGAGGCCCUACUUGGGCUUCCUGGAUAGGUGCAGCCCUGGAGUGGCCGUGGCUUCAGCGAUCUGCGUCCUGGUGGCCUCAGCCAUCACCCUGGGCUGUGUGCUGAUCUUCGGGGACUCAGCCCUGCACCUCCCUCGCUGGGGUUACAUCCUGCUGCUUCUGCUCUGCAGCAUCAUGUUUCUGCUCAGUCUCCUCGUCCUGGGGGCCCACCAGCAGCAACGCCAGCAGGACACCUUCCAGAUCCCCAUGGUGCCCCUGAUUCCAGCCUUGAGCAUUCUCCUCAACAUCUGCCUCAUGCUGAAGCUGAGCUACCUGACCUGGGUGCGCUUCUCCAUCUGGCUGCUGAUUGGUGAGUGGGGGGCCAGGCUGGUGUCCUGGGCCGGCUGCAGGAGGAGGGUGAGGAGGGCGAGCAGGGCUGAGACCUGCCAUUCAUGCUCGCGCCACCCCUGCAGGACUCUUGGUAUAUUUCGGCUAUGGCAUCUGGCACAGCAAGGAGAACCAGCGGGAGCUGCCGGGGCUGACCAUCACACGCUAUGUGGUUUUCUCUAGCGGCAGCCUGGAGGAGACAGUGCAGGUUGUGCAGCCCCCCAGCCAGGUGCCAGCCCAGGAGCCCAGCAGUCCAUGAGAGCUACCUGCCCUCCAUCCAAGGCAGCUCCGGUUUGCGGGCCUGCCCACGCUAGGGGGGUCCUUCGGACUGUAGUUCAGGGGCUGAGCUUUGAGUCUUUGGAGCCAGUGUGGCCAGCGCUGGUGUGGUGGACUCUUUGUGCAGUGCCUUCCAGUUUAUGUCCAACUCCAGCAACCUGGGCAGGUGGGGUAGGGAGGGUCGGGAAGAAGCCCCAGCCUCAGGAAUCCAUGAUAAUAACUGCUUAGCCAGCCAUGUGGCCUGUGUCGUGUCCAUUGUUCUUUGCGGCACUGAGUCCUCACCUGCCCCCAGGAACCACGCGAUUGUCCCCAGUGCAAAGCAAAGGUGCAGAAGUUCUGCAAGGGGGAGAUGCCAGCCCUGGGACAGCCCUUAGUCGAGGACACUCAGGCCAGUGCCCUCUGCCCUGCUCAGAAGGCACUAUACAUACACCCAUAUGCACUAGGUACAAGAGGGGCAGUGUCAGGCUCCCCUCCUCUGGGGGAUGGGUCCAGACAGAAGUGCCCGGGCCCCAAGGAGGCCACCUAGAAAGGGCAGCAGAGUUCGGGGUCCCCUUGGUUUCUCCAGAGCAUGGCAUGUGCCUGAGGCCUGCCUAGGGAGGCAGAGGCACACACACAGCUUCAAGCAUAUAUCCACGUGCCCGCGCGGCUACCCUGGGGUGCGCACUGUGUGCAGACUGAGGCAGCAGCUGUUUCCAAGCUCAGACCCUGGUGCUGCUCUCCAGCUGCCCCAGGGGAUGCGUGCGCAAGAGCCUGAACCUGCCCCAAGUGCCUUCCAGCCCCCCUG